CGCCCUCUCUCGUUUGGCCAAUCGGAUGCGCCCUCUUUUGCUUUGCCUAAAUGUUAUCGAUGUUAUGUUGUCGUUUUGUUGUUAUUAGUGGCCCAACGUAAAAAUGUCUAGUCUUCCUGGAAAACAAUUUGGCCUCAUCAAACGAACACCCAAGCCAACAGCAUUUGUAAAGAAAACAUCUAUCUUUGGAGAUGACAGUGAUGAGGAACCCGCCCAUACAGCAGUCAAUCAAACUCUCAUGCAGGAAGCAAGGAAGAGUAAGGUUAAAAAGCAGACACAGAUAGAGAUCCAGAAAGCUUUGGAAGAGGACCCAACUGUGUAUGAAUAUGACAGUAUUUAUGAUGAAAUGGAGAAAAAGAAACAAGAAAAGAUUAUACAGAAGAAGAAUGAUAAGGAAAAGAAGCCAAAGUACAUUGAGGGACUGAUGAAGGCAGCCAAGUUGAGAAACAGGGAACGUGAGAAAAUGAUGGAACGAAAAAUCCAAAAGGAACGAGAAGAGGAAGGAGAUGUUGAGGAGACAGAGGCAUUUGUUACGUCAGCAUACAAGAAGAAGCUGGAGGAAAUGAAGGAGGAAGAAGAAAGGGAACGAAGGGAAGCUGAAAUGGAAGCUAAACUUGAUGUAACUAAGCAGAAAGACUUGAGUGGUUUCUACCGAUAUUUAUACCGAGAAACUACAACAGACGAAGCAACCAAUCAGGAGCCCUCAAAUUCUGAAACGCAAGAGGACAGCAAGCUUGCUAAAGUGAAGGCAGAAAGAUCUUCUGAGGAAAAAGAAUCAGUAAAGAAGGAAUCAAAGAAAGAAAAAUAUCAAAAAGAUUCCAAUUCAUCUGAUGAAGAAGAAGAAUACAGAAAGGAAAAGAGCAGUGAUAGAAAAUCAGAAGAACAUGGAAGAGACAGAGAAAAACAUAGACGCAGCGAACGUCAUUCAAGUCGUAAACACAGUGAGAGCAGACAAGAUAAACACAGAGAUUAUGAAGAAAGGACACGAGAUGAACAUAGGGGAUCACAUAGAGAAGAAAGACAUAAGGACAGUAGAGAAAAUAGGGAUGAACGCCAUUCACGAACUUCUUCAUCAGAUAGAAGGAAGAGUAAUGAAAAGGAUGACAGGAAUAAAAGAGUAAAAGAAAAAAAGCGUGAUCGCAAAGACAGGGAUGAUUAUUAUGAAAGUAAGUCAAGAAGUUCCAAUGACAAUUUAAAUCAUGAGAAAGAAAGAGGUAAUGAUGAAAGAACUGGGAGGAAUGAAAUUAAAAGGCAGCAUGAGAGUGAGGAGGAUAAAGAGAAAAUGUCCGAAGAGAAAUCAUCAGUUACUUCAUCAAAAUUUGUUAAGAGGAACAUUGGCGAGUCAGUCAUGUCUGCCAAAGAACGCUAUCUAGCUCGUCAAAUGGCUAGGAUGGCUGCUCAAAAAACCGCACCAGUCGAGGAGGAAGAUUGAGAGAUAAAGAAUAAUAAACGUUUUCGCUAAGCCCUGUGCCGUGGAGUUGCUGAGGUCCCACGAAAGGACAGUGUAAAAACAUGUGCAAACACAUGUAUUUGUGGGACAACACAAUGAAAGGGAUGUUUGUUAGUAUUCUUGGCCCUAUUAUGAUUGGUCAGUUGAUACGUUUUAUUGACACUUUGGAAAGAUCCAUUAAUAACUAGGUUUGGUUCCUAACAUUAAUAAUUCCUAAAAACAUUAAACUAAAGCAGGGGUGGCCAUAAAUAUCGGUCGGACAGCCGAAGUUAAAUUUUGAUUUAACACCAAAGGCCGCACCCAAAUUUUGAUGUUUCCAGCGUGCUUCCAAAAACCUCCAAGCAAUGCUUUUACACCACUUUAGUCCCAGUUUUAAUAUUACUUUUUACAGAUGGUUGGUGUUGGACCAUUAAAAAAACCAGGUGUUUUCAAGCCAAUGUUGCUUGGCUGGCCGCACACAUAGGGUUUUUAAUUCAUUUUAGGGGCCACACAAAAAUCAGUCGGGCCACAUGCGGGCCGCACUGUGGCCACCUGUGAGCUAAAGCCAUACUUGAAUUGGAGUGAUUUUGGUUAAACCAUGGUAAAAGUAACCUUGUAAAACCUGGUUACUUUGACCAAAAAAUAAAUCGCAAACGAACAAUGUGACCUGUGUAACAUUCUCCUUGGUCAAAUUACAGUAUGUGUGACAAGUUUAACCGAGUGAAUGUUGCACAGGAAGAAUAACCAAGGUAUUCUUCCUCAACAGGAAAAGUUCAGUGCUCAGAAAUAUUCCUGAGCACAUGCUACUACCGCGUGUAAUGCUGUAGUUUUCACGGAAUGCUGACCGAUAAGAUUAUAUUAUACUGACCACAUAUGCGCAAAAUCUUACUACCUUAAAAGCUACUGCGUAUUUAUAUCAAUGUCCAAACAGUUACCCUUCAUCUAAAAAACACUCCAAUGUGAACGUGGCCUUAGUCUUUUAAAAUUAUUUAAUUGUUUUUAAGGAACAUUGAAUAUUUUUUAUUAAAAUUGACUUGUGUAUCUCUA